GGACCAGAAAUGUUCGCUCUCCUGGAGGCUUGCCGCUUGAAGGCUUGUGCUGUGAAUGAUGCUGCAGAGCUGCAGGCAGUAAAACCAGCAAGAAUGAUGGAAAUGGCCAGCGUUCAUGUUGGUGUUGACAACGAUUACUCGUUCUCUGGACCCAAAGCCGAGGAGGCUCUUCUCGCCAAAAGCAGAGUGCAUGGAAACAGACUGCCAAGAUUCUUGCUCUCAUCAACGAGAUCUUACUAAGAUUCCAAGAAACGUGGGAAGAAUUUGGAAUU